AUGUCAGACCAAUGUCCAGUUUUCGCACACUUUCUGGGUUUCGGUGGUGUAGCAUCAGCUAUGAUCUUAUCGACAAUCGGUGCUGCAUACGGCACAGCUAAAUCAGGCGUCGGUAUCUCUGGUUUGGCUACAUUUAAACCUGAAUUAGUUAUGAAAUCUCUUAUACCAAUUAUUAUGAGUGGUAUCCUAGCCGUAUACGGUCUGGUUGUAUCAGUUCUUAUUGCCGGUAGUCUCAGUCCGAGCGAACCAUACUCGCUCUUCGCUGGUUGUACACACCUUGCGGCUGGAUUAGCAUGUGGUGGUUCAGGUUUGGCCGCUGGUUUGGCGAUUGGAAAGGCUGGUGAUGCCUUCGUUAGAGCAUAUGUCUAUCAAAGCAGAGUAUUCGUUGGAAUGCUUCUCACCUUGAUUUUUGCAGAAGUAUUGGGAUUAUAUGGAUUGAUUGUAGCCCUGAUAUUGAACACGAGGAUAAGUGGGGAUGAAUGUAGUGCAUAAUGAUACGAUACAUAAUACGUUUUCUUAAUAGAUGAGAUGUUUACCAAUAUUGCAAAUGUGCAAAAGAGAACGUGAGAAGCAUUAAGAGGGCGCAAUAACUAAUACACGCCAUUGUUCCGCUCACUGUGAGAAUUGCAAUAUCGUAAUAUGCGCGAAAACAGACUGUCUAUCAACUACAGUACAUCCUAUA